UCGUCUCGACUUCUUCGACACGCAAACCUGACCGGAUGCCUCAUAGUUCGUCGAAGGGUCUCAUAGGGUGAUGCGAAUCACUAUGCUCAUUCAGGAGGCAUCGGCCAUCUGGCUGACACCUGAGAAUGGGUGGAGCGCUGCAUUGGAAAUAUUGCCGAGACUCUACGGCGCCUUGGAGAACCAGCAUUGGACCCAUCCUCGCCAUGGGACGGCCUUUAUCGCCCUGCUCGAGCUGGUCAUGCCUUUUCCCUCUGUACGGAAAGCGCUGAUCCUGCAGCUCUACAACCAUAUAUUCGACGCCGAAGGCACGUCCACAGCCAACUUGCUACUCGAGCUGGCGGUGCUCUGCGAGGAUCCCGAAGACAACCUGUCUUUACGUUUACACGGUCAUGUCGCACCGCGCAGCCUGAGGGUCAGCGAGCUGCACGAGGCGGCGAUCAACGAGGCUAUCUUUAUGUGUGACCUCGGCUUGGCGGGGAGAAUCCUGGCCUCGUUGACUGUUCUAGCCGAACGAGAAGGAGAUUACCGACGAGUAAGCGAUAUUCUAACCUACCGGUCCAGGCUCGCCCGGAUGAUGCAAGAAGGUAGUCCCGUAUGGCGGUACUUUUACGUUCGAUUGGUCGAUGGGGAGAUGAUCGAGCUGAUCUGGCGAGCGCGGCAUUGCGAAGACCUGUGAGUUCCGCAGCAGGCUACCGAUGAUUACGCUCGG